AUGGUUCGCAAUAACAUCGUGAGAGGAAGUAACAACGUAGGAUCUUUGCUUAAUCCCAUCCGCAGAAAAUUUCUAAAGGAUGAUUAUCCUCCGGUCUAUCCCAAUGGAUGGUUUCCUAUUCUGGAGUCUGAAGAUCUCCACGUUGAAGAGGUCAAGCGGGUGGACGUACUGGGAUUGGAGCUUGUGGCCUUUCGCACCAAGGAUGGAACCGCCCAUGUUAUGGAUGCAUACUGUCCCCACCUGGGAGCCCAUCUUGGAGUCAUGGGCCGCAUUGUGGACGGCUGUAUCGAGUGCCCCUUCCAUGGCUGGAGGUUCGACAGCUCAAAUGGGGUCUGCAAGCACGUACCGUACGCUGCUAAAAUUCCCGAGUUUGUGACGCUAAAGAAGUGGCAGACCGAAGAGCUCCUGGGACACGUAUUCCUAUGGUUCCACGCCGACGGAGAAGAACCGUCGUGGAAGCUGGAAGACGUGCCGCAGAUCACCAACGGGGAAUGGAAAAUGUUUCGACGCUACGAAGAGAAACUCACCUGCCACAUCCGAGACCUCGCUGAGAACGAAUCGGACCUGACGCACUUCCGCUACUUUCACGGUCCAAACCUGUUCGUCUCGAAGGAGGAGUUCUCGAAGAACGCCGGCGACACCAAAUGGGGACGAUUCCUGACCCAUAUCUGGACGCCCAAAUGGUACACCGAGGACCACAAGUGUAACGUGGACAUCGACGCGGACAUUUUGGUGCUGGGCAGGUGUCCGGCCUUCCUGAGGAAUCGCACCUACCUCAGGCUGCAUGGGCCAGGGUUGCUGAUGGUUCGCCUCGAGUGUAAAUUUGGUGUGCAGGUGACUGUUGUAUCGGUGACUCCGGAAGGGCCUUUUCAAGUUCGGGUUGUGCACAGGAUUCACUUUGAGCCGAACACGACUUGGCUCUUCCGUUCCAUUUCAACUAAAGGUUAUGUUAACUCGUUCGAAAGAGACAUGCUGUUUUGGAACCACAAGGCGAUGCAGACUAAACCACCGUGGCAGAAGGACGAUCGGACAGUGAUCGAGUUCCGGAAGUGGUACUCUCAAUUCUUUAGUGCGAGCAGCCCCACAUGGAGAGACAUGCGGGAUCGUACUUACGAGUGGUGA